GACCGGGGCUGGUAGCCGCACGGGUUGGUAGCCGCACUGGCUUUUUCCCCAAAACUAUAAAUAUGGCGACAAUGCCGCGUCUCGUGUUUUAAAGCUUAAGUCGCGCCCGAACUUUGUGGAACGUUUCAGUCUGAUCAGUGCAAUAGAAGUGAGUGCACGCCGUCAAGUGUUAUUUUGAUGCUCAAUAUGAGAAACCGUAAAAGAACCAGUGAAAGGGGUAAGACACCAGCACACAUUAUGCUAAGGGCUGCAAGAGAGGUCAAAUUAAAUAAUAAAUCCAUUAGAGGAGCAGGAACCGAUUACGAUAUCCCUGAAAGAACCCUGAGACGAUUUCUGCAGAAAGUCACGGAUGAAGAGCUUUAUGGCACUAAUGAACUACCUACAACUGCAGUCGGCUAUAUAAAAAAUAGACAGGUUUUCUCCGACGACCAAGAGAAACAAUUAGAGGAAUAUAUAUUAAAGGCUGCCGAUGUAUACUUUGGCUUAUCACCAAAACAGAUAAGAAUUUUUGCUUAUGAAUGGGCUGUCUCACUAAAAAUUAAAUUUCCCGAUUCCUGGAAUACAAAUAAAUGCGCCGGACAAGAUUGGUUUACCUAUUUUAUUAAAAGACACGCUGGUCUGUCUAUACGUACGCCGGAAGCCACAAGUUUGGCACGAGCAUCAAUAAGCACAGUGUAGGAAAUUUUUUUAAAAAUCUGAAAACAGUUCUGCAUAGGCUACAAAUUGGUACUCAGAAUAUCUACAAUAUGGAUGAAACUGGACUUACGACCGUUCAAAAACCUGACAGAAUUGUAGCAAGAAGGGGCUUUAAACAAGUAGGUCGAAUCACCUCUCAAGAAAGAGGUACAUUAGUGACUCUCGCGAUAGCUGUAAACGCCAUUGGUAAUAGCAUUCCGCCCUAUUUUAUUUUUCCACGCGUUAACUUUAGAGAGCACAUGCUCUCUGGUGCCCCACCUGGAAGGGCUGGCGCAGCUAACCAGUCUGGAUGGAUGAAAAAGGAGCAUUUUCUGCACUGGUAUCAACAUUUUGUUAAGCACACUGGUUGCUCCAAAGAAAGGCCGGUACUUCUGUUGUUAGACAACCAUGACUCCCAUUUAUCAAUUGAUUCUUUG